CCACACCGAAUUCAGUCAUUGACGCGCGCGGUUCGACAGAUACGGACGCUUGGAAUAACGGUUCUUCUUCUGUUCGUGUUGUGUGCCUCUCAAGCAUCCAACUGCCACCCACAUCUACCACCCCAAGCACCCCAACAAAUGCUCUUCGCUUCUGAGAUUUACAGUUCGUUCGUGAGUGAGAUGCCAAAGUGUGCCAGUGUGCGUGUGUGCGUGUGUCUGUGUGUCUGUGCUAGUGUGACCGUUUGACGGUUUUCAAAAAUUUUCGAAUAGAUAAAUAUUUCGAAUAAUACAAAAAUAUCUAACGAAUGAGAUGCCUCAAUCGCUGCCACAGAUCAUCGGUAACGGAACAAAAGGCAUCUUAGAGAGCAAUUCAUAAAUUGACAGUGAUUAAAGAUUGAAACAAAGAAACCAGAUAUCUCUGCCAGUGUGCCCCUGUGCUAAGUGAUUCUCCCCCAUCGCAUCUCUCUGUCUAUCUGUGCAUGUCUGUGCGUGUCCACCCGCGUGUGUGAGUGUGUCAGUGUUGUCUAACAAUUAAUUAGCAUUUAAAUCGCUCAUUUAUCUAACGUUAGACCUUCCAUCCGAAAGGCCCUAAUCAAACAACUCAAAAGAAAAACGUGAAACGGUGAAGAGGCGAAAACGAGAGGAGAAAACGAAACAACAAAUUUGUAAAGAAUCGUUGAGAAAGAAGUAGAGGAACAGCCGCAAUCAAAAUGUUUGGCCAACUCAAUUUGCUGGCCGCUCUGUUCGUCAUCGGCACAUUGAAAGAUUUCAUUACUGGGCUGCGACUGGUCGAGGUCCGCAUACCGAAUUACGUGAUUAAGGGCUCCGCGGCGCAGCUGGAAUGCCUCUACGAUCUGGACGGAGAGGCCCUGUACUCGGUGAAAUGGUAUAAGGAUGGCAACGAGUUCUAUCGCUAUGUGCCCAGGGAUAUGCCGCCGGCUCAGACCUUCCUGCUACCAGGUGUUAAAGUUGAUUUGCACAACUCGAGCGACGCGAUUGUUACGCUGCGCGACGUCAAUCUACAGUCGGCGGGACGUUUCCGUUGCGAGGUUUCCGGUGAGGCGCCAUCUUUCCAAACGGUCACCGAACAUGGCGAUAUGGUUGUUGUGUCUCUGCCGGACCAGGGCCCACCGAAGAUAAGUGGUGGGCGGCCCCGCUACCAGAUUGGCGACUGGGUGCGCAUCAACUGCACGGCCGGACGCUCCAAGCCGGCCGUGGAUCUGUCGUGGUUCGUCAACGGAGAGGCCGCCGAACCGCAGAAGCUGCGCAAAUACGACACCAUCGUGUCCGGACGCGAGGGUCUGGAGACCUCCGUUCUGGGUCUCCAGUUUCGGGUGGAGCAGAAGCAUUUCCGCAACGGCGACAUGAAGUUGAAGUGCGUGGCCUCGCUGUCGACAUUGUAUUGGCGCAGCAACGAGGAGUCCGUCGAGGGCGAUCGCCCGCAGAAGGCGCCCGUCCUCGAGUCGCGCGAAACCGUCUACGCCAGCAACUCACGCGCCGAUCCCGUCCAAGGUAUGUCAUACCGGGAAUUAUUUGUUACCAAAAUCUUAUCGCUUUUCAUUCAAACAAAUGCAGCCAGCAAAUCGGACUCGCUCCUGUUGGUCCGUGCGCCCAGUGCCCUGCUCCUGCUGGCCCUGGCCGCGGUGACAGCCCUGGCGGGUGGGGGUGGCAUCUCUGUCGCUCGGCCAAGCCAGUCGAAAAAUAAAGAUCAUCAAGACGAUGAGAAGGAGCAAGAGAAUGAUAAAAACUUGAAUAAGAGUGUGAGAGUAACUGCUGAAAUGGACGGAGGAGAGGCGGAGCUUUUGUUGAGUGAGUUGCUGGCGGAGUUGGAGAGGAACGCGAGCCAAAGCUCGACGACGCAGCAGCAGCAGCAGCAGCAGCAGCAGCGGGGAAUGAUGGUGACUGCACGGUAGCUGCAUUAAGGGGGGUUCCCUCGCCCUCUGACACCUUUUUCACCGAUUUUUCCGUCUUCGCUUUGCAUAAAAUACAAAAAUAAAAUAAACUGAGAAAAAACUCAACAUUAAAGAGAAAAUCAAAAAAAAAAAAA